UGCUCUGACCACAAAAGUUUUCGGAAAAUAUCAUUUCAUCGUAGUUGUGCUGAAAUAUUCGUGUUUGUAGUGCUUGCUAGAUUGUCACUGUAGUGGAAAAGGCACAAUAAGGUCAGAGUUAAGAACAUGCGUCGGAUAUUUCCGAAACACGUUCUUCACGGAUAUGUGUCGGAUGGACCUAUCACAGACGUCGUUUCAUGGCAGGUACCCGGAUGUAGCCGUGGGGCAAUUAGCUACGUCAUUGUUCACCGGCGGACACCCGCUGGAAAUAAGAAAUGGAUUUAAAACCGCUAUUAAGGUGUUCAUAACAGACUCCAGCUAUGAACAAUGACCAUAGUUGACAGAUUGUCAGAAAAAUCUGACCACGAGUCAGUUGGAUUUAACCGAUCCUUCACCAGUGGAGACGUGGGGAUGGACGGCAGUUGUUCCAGCAGCUGGGCAGUGGGUCCCAGCAUGCCCGGCGACUCUCCCAGGCUCAAGCCUUCAGGAGGCUGCCUGGGUCCGACCCCCGGUGCUGCCGUCUAUAACGGCACACCCGCCUCUAUGGACCGCCCCAAGGACCAAGUGAUGAGCAGUGAAGAUGGCAUAGAGCUGCCUCAGAAGGUCCUGUUUCCUCCAGAGUGGCUCAGCCUGAAGUGGAUCCAAGUUCACCGCAUUGGUGCCGGCCUGCAGAACAUGGGGAACACAUGCUUCCUCAACUCAGCCCUGCAGUGCCUCACCUACACUCCACCGCUAGCCAACUUCAUGCUGUCAAGGGAGCACUCCAAAACCUGUCAUGAGCCUGGAUUCUGCAUGAUGUGCACCAUGCAAAACCACAUCAUUCAGGUUUUUGCUAACUCUGGGAAUGUCAUUAAGCCCAUCGGUGUCCUCAAUGAGCUUAAAAGAAUUGCAAAGCACUUCCGCUAUGGAAGCCAGGAGGAUGCUCAUGAGUUCCUGCGGUACACAGUGGACGCUAUGCAAAAGUCCUGCUUACCUGGAACCAAAUUGGACAGGCAAACGCAGGCCACCACUUUCAUCCAUCAAGUGUUUGGAGGGUACCUCAGGUCCAGAGUGAAAUGUCUGAACUGCAAAUCAGUUUCUGAUACAUUUGAUCCUUUUCUGGACAUCACGCUGGAAAUUAAGACAGCACCCAGUGUCUCCAAAGCUCUGGAGCAAUUUGUCAAACCAGAACAGCUGGAUGGAGAAAACGCCUACAAGUGCACCAAGUGCAAAAAAAUGGUUACAGCCUCAAAGAGAUUCACAAUCCACCGCAGUCCUAAUGUGCUCACUCUCUCACUAAAACGAUUUGCAAACUUCACUGGAGGAAAAAUCACAAAGGAUGUUAAAUAUCCAGAGUACCUGGAGCUGCGGCCCUUCAUGUCCCAGUCUCAAGGAGAGCCUCAGAUCUACGGCCUGUACGCUGUGCUGGUCCACUCCGGCUUCAGCUGCCACGCUGGCCAUUACUUCUGCUACAUUAAGGCCAGCAAUGGUCAGUGGUACCAGAUGAACGACUCGUCUGUCUCUGUGAGCGACAUCCGCUCAGUCCUCAACCAACAGGCCUACGUCCUUUUCUACAUUAAGUCGUGUAAUGUGAAGAAAACUGGGGAAUUCAGCAAUGUGAGCCAUAACCCAGGUAUGUCUGGUCAGUCGUCUCCCCGGCCGGUGGUAACCCCUCGUAUCCACACCGCCGUUCACCACGGCAACACUGGCUUCAUCGGCCCCCAACUACCACCACACAUGACCAAGAACACUCUCCAUGUUAAUGGGAAUGGGUCUUUGAGGGACUAUCCCAGCAGUUCUAAGGCCAGCAGCAGUUCAGUUGGCAAACCCAGCCACGGCCUGGCUUCUUCCUCAAUCUCCCACUCAAUCAGCCGACCCACAUCCAUCCCAGACCAAGAGAAACGACAGAAGCUUUCGUUUUUUAUUGGACAAGGCAAACAGAACCGAGCAUCUUCCUCAUCCGCCUACAGCCACCCAUCCUCUGCAAGCAGCUCCUCCUCUAGCUCGUUAUCUUCCUCGCAGUCUACCUCAGACGUUCACUUUGUUCCGCGUCAGCUAAACCACUUUAACGGCACACCCAGCAGUAACGGCGACCAACCCGCCAGGGGCAACGGGUCGUCUUUACUGGUGCCGUACAGUCAAGAGUCCUCUGAAGAAUCCGACCAGGAGAACGGUACCACUCAGGAUGCUGGCUGCAUAUCCAAGCCUCAGACGAAGGGAACUAAUGGAACAGGAGAUGUGUGUGCCUCUUCUUCUAAAAACACAAAUGGUGAAAUAGAUGUCUGUUAUAACAGCAGUGAAGUGAAUGGGUCAACCUCUGAAUUUAUGAAAACAAACCAAAAUGGACAAUUUAAUGGGCACCACAAAGUUAACGGACACAACACACAUGAGAAGGGAUCCAUCCAUAAUCAGGACAGUUCAGCUGUGAAUGCUGUUGCCAAUGGACUUGGCAGUGACCACAAUGAACCCAACAAAGAGCUGGUUGAUCCAGCCUCAUCGCAGACCUGUUCAGCUCAGAGCGCUCCUCCUGCUGCUAAUGAAAGAGAGCCCCUCUCUGCUGCUGUUGAUGAAAGGGCUAAAACGCUGCCUGAACCUCUUCCUCCUCCUCACCACACCUCAUCCUCUCCUGUUAGCUCCUCACCUUCAGCUACUACUUCCAAGACACACGCUGUUGCACCCAGAGACCUGUCAGCCUUCCCCUCAGAGCCAGUCUGCUGUCAAAGUGUUAAUGGGAUCUCUACAGCUGCUCAAAACAUUAGCAAAACCGAGGAAGAAGUUAAGGAUUCCUCGCAGACCAACGGUCCAUCAGCACGGACGGACGGUGGCACGGAGAACAAGGGGCAGAGCCAGUCCAAGCCUGGUUCUAGAGGCCAUGAAAGGCAGUCCUCCCAUGACAGGGACAGAGACAGAUUCUACUCUGACUAUAGCAAAGACAGAGACAAACACUACAGGGACAGAAGUCCACCACGAGAAAGUUACAGCGAUCGCCAUCGGUAUAGGCGAGACUACCGGGAUCACCAUCGCUCCUACAGGGAUCGAUUUCCUCCCGAACGGAGCUACUGGGACUUCGACCGCCGCAAGGAACGACUCGGCUCGCACUCCUGGGAGCAUGAUCGCGACCGGCGCUCGUACCAUUCCAGCCAUUACUACCACAAGUAUGAUGGGAGCCAUGAGAGGAGGGGAUAUCCACAACCUCAAGAGUGUCACAGCUACUGGCGGUCGCAAAAGGACAGUCGGGAAUCCUGGGCAAUGAAGGACAAAAGGAAUGGGUGGGAUAGGGAAGAAAGGAGUUCCUCCCCAGCUGCUACUGCUCUAGAAAUAAACAAGUCCAAGGUUUCCCCCCCCUGGGACCGCCUCUGUAAUUUUAACUCCACUCUUAAGAGGGAGGAGCCGAGUGACAAGAGGCCAGCUGCUCAUCUAAGAAAGGAGAGAGAGGACAGCUCAGAGGGCCGCCGCUCCAAAAAACACAAAAAAAGCAAGAAGAAGAAGAAGUCAAAAGAUAAAGACAUGCACCACGAGAGCAGCUCUGACCCGGAUUCAGACAGAGCCACCGAGAGCAGGAAGAAGAAAAAGAAGAAGAGGCGGCACAGGGACAGCGACUCCGAUUCUGGACGGGGCCACGCCAACAGAAGCAGCAAAGAAAGAGAGAACCGGAAGCGCCAUCACUCUGACACCAAGGACUCCAGGUACGACAAAGACUUUUUACCGGAGAAACGUCAGCGCACAGACUGCAGCGAUGGCAGCAGGGACCAGCCUCUCCCACCUCACCACAACGCCCUCUCAAACCAUUCAGCUCACCAACAUCUCAACGGACACACAGGAAAUGGUCGAACCAAUGGUGACUUCCACGGAUGCUCCAGUGGCCUCAAGCAGUGACUACCCCUCACCCACCUGCAACAUUUGACAACAGCAGAGGAAUGAUAUCACAAAACUAUUUGAAGUGGUGCUUCUUCACUGGGAAUAAAUCAGUUUUGUUUUUGUUUUUUUUUUAAACAGUACUAUUGUUUUAAAUGUACAAAAGUACAAAUUUUAACAGUGUUCCUUUAUCUACGAUUAUUCUCCUACGGUUAAAAAAAAAAACAACAAAAUCACCUGUUAAACAUUUAGGACUAAAAGAUGAUAAUAUAUAGUUAUUUGAGUACAAACCAAGCCUGGCGCUUAAACAUCUCAGUUGCUGCUCAGCGGAACUCAGGACUCAAACCCUUUGGAACAGAAAUCACUUAUCCACAUGCUUCAAAUAAGAAUGAAACAAAAGGGAGAAUGUGUUGUGUAAAAAAGACUGAGUCUCUUCAUGUUUAGAUGUUGAAGAUGUCACCAUAUCUGCACAGCUGCAAUGUUUUUACUUCUCACCUGUUUUGUUGUCGAAUCCACCCUGUGGUCAGACUACCAGAGGGGGGCAUGUUUCUGAAUGAGGCGGAUGAAUGCAGUGGUGUGAACAUGGGUUUGUUGAGCGAUACCUCCAUGUUAACCCUGGACAGACUUGAGGACAUUUAUCUGCUUUAUUUGUUGGGGGGUUUUUGUUUUGUUUUUUGCAACAAUGUCCCCUCUUGACGCCUAAGACGCCCUUUUUAAACCGUUUGAGUUUUCUCUCUAAAUUGCAUUUAUUUCUCCUGUUUUCUUUUAAGGUGUUCAGAAAGAAAAGCGUUUUAUUUUUUUUUCUUUCACGACUGUGGACCAUUUGUGUUUAGUUUUAAAAAAAGAUAAAAAUACAGUUUGUGUCUUCUAGCAUCAUGAAAUAUACUGUGAAGUUGAGUUUUGAACUGUACUAUCAGUUAUUUUUAUAAGUAAAAAGCCUGUAUCAGGAUCCUCUUGCUUUGUCUGUAGAAGGAUUUGUGUUGAGUUUUGACCAUAUUCUCUGGACACAAGUCACUAAUGGAUAUGGUUAGAUUUUGGGGGUGGGAUUGUGAGGAUGGGGUAUGGGGAGGAUAUUUCUUUCUUUGUUUUUCAACUUUAGGAAGAAGUUGAGGAAACUGCUGUUAUACCUUUUUAUUUUAGCAUGUCUGAAUUUAUACAUUGUGUAAGGUAAAAGCCUUAAAUACAUUUGUUAAUGUCAGAAAUUGUAAUUUCUGUCUUUGGACUUUGUUUACAAGCUGUGUUGAAUGACAAACGUUGAUUGAUAUGUUGGAUUUAUUUACCUUUUGUAUUAUAGAGAAUUGAUUGAUUGUACCGAAGCCUUCUUGUUGAACAAACAUAUUUUCUCGUUCCAUUUAAAUGUAGACGGUAAACUUCCCACACGUCCACUAUAUUCAGGUUUGGUCAAAUAACACACAAGCUGUUUAUCUCCUCUUGGUCAGCUUGAGUCACACAUGUAUUAUUUCCAUAUAUGAAACAACCAAAGACUGGUUAUGUUUGGUGAGUCAAACUUUUUCACUGAAUUCACAUGCACACAAAAGCUGUAUGAGCACGUCCAUUUUUUUAUUAAAUUGUAGAUCAAAGUACUUUGCGCCAUUUCCCCAACAAACCUAUAACCAAGUUAAAUGUAACUUCUGCACUAGUUAGGUUUUGGCAGUUUUUGUUUUUAUUUUGUCUCUGCUCAGUAAAAACGGUGUAAUGAGGCUUAUGCUCUACUAAGAGCAUCAUACAGUCCCUUUAUUAUGACACAUUAAGCUAAAAUAUUGAAGUGGUAAUGGCUAAAGCCAUGAUUAAUACUACAUGACCAUAAUGAUAACAAAACUGUACAUUAUAUUGCAUACACACUAAAUGCAAGUGGGGGGAGGGGCUGCCUCUUUUGUGAAACAAAAAGACAAUAAAUAAAACAAAUGAA